AUGAGUGCCUCAUCUCCUUCGGUGGCAUCGCCUCAUGUCGACGACCAUCGCAUUUCCACUACGGGUUACCGUAAUGCUGAGUCUCUCUUACGCUUUAAGCCCAUUGUUGAGAUUCGAAACACCGAAUCCACGACUUGUAAACAUAUCGAUGAUAAGAAAGAGGGGCUUCGUCAACUCGUCGGUAACCAUUAUCGUGACCUCAUAGACUCUGCCGACUCCAUCGUCAACAUGAAAUCUUCAUGCAAUGCGAUUUCCGCUAACUUCACCCCCUCUUUGUUUUUAAUUAAUUUUUUAAAAACCAGCUUUGAUUGUUAA